UCUUACUUCCUAUUCUACUGAAAGAUACCCCAAACGUUAAUGAGUUGUGCUCAAUUGGCCUUAGAACGAGGAGGAAACAACUAAUUUUCAUGAGUGCGGGAGGGUAUCGGCAGCUAUUUAUGAUCAUUACAGAGCAUCGGUAGAUUAGUUUCCACUGCUGCCCUCCUGUGUAUUGUUCCUAUAUAGAAUGGGUAUUCAGUGCGUGACAGCAACCAUGGUGCCUUCAUAGCUCAUAUCAUUAGUAGAAGGAAUAUUUCAACUGGGUAGCAACGAUAGACCCUGAGAAGUUCUCUCUGGUAUGACUUGCAGUAUGAUAUCUCAAGGAUCAUGUACAAGAAUAUCAUCAGUGCAGUGCCUGUCAUAGAAUAUUAACUCUUUACGUUGCCAAUACCCUUGGAUUGGAUUGUACAAUACAUACUGGUAUGGAAGAACUGAUUGUUUUGUUUUUACAGGCAGCUGCGUCCUUACUCAUAUUCUCAGGGAUUUGUUUUGUGGUAUACUGAUUCACUCUUAGCUGACAUCGCAGAGUGAACACCAAGGAUUUUUAGAAACACGUCUAUUCAAGUCGUCUACUAGAAAUAAACUGUUCAACCAGUUUAAGGUUCUUGAUGUGGUUGGCUACUGUCUGACCUUUAUCAAGAGAUUGCUUCCCGAUUCGCAUGACUAACCACUGUCAGGCAAUAUUUAAAUUUGAUUUUCUGCGAUCGAUAUUCGGACAACGUGCCUUAUAACUUUGAGCUGUGUCAUCUUUCCUGUUAUAGCAUACACCAUGCCCUUUGGGUCCCUUUUCAGUUAAUUUGAACUGCUGAAAGCGAAAGGGAUCUGUCUGUAAUGCUUGGAGUUUAGCGCAGUCCGGGUCCGAAACGUGACAGGAUAAAGCUGUUCGACUGCCAGGGACUUAAAGGGAUUAGUCAGCAGAUAAUCUAAUCCAAUGCCUGUGAGCGGAUUUAUCACAACGACAUCUAACAUGGUGUCUCGCCAUGAACAUGGUACCUCAACAUUGAUGAGACGGAAGAUCAAUGAUGCGUUCCGCAGGAAGCAUCACCACCAGAAGACGGAAGAUGACAGGAUAUCGGUGACCUCCGAAGGAAGUGAUUCCGAGGUCAAUGAGCAAAUUCUCAAGAAGCGCUUGACCUAUGUCCGCGCCAUGAGAUUACGUUCCUCAGUCUACUGUACGAUGCAGCCUCGAUGGGCCUUGCAGUACUCCAAACUCUACGAAUAUGCUGUCAUCGUCUCGCUGAAGAUCAACCCGGAGACAAGAAGAUAUGAGCCCUACGAAAUGAAGAGGUUCCCUCAUGAGGUGAGUGAUAGUCAAACAGACAAACUGCGAGCGAUCCCAGAGUUCUGCUUCCCUGACGCCUUCAAGUGGGCCCCAGUUGAACAGUACAACAGCGAGAGCUUCUGCUUCGUACUCACAAGCUCAGAUGGAUCAAGACUCUACGGUUACAACAGAAGAAUACUGCCUCCAGGUAAGGGUCCCAGGUUACCGGAGGUGGUGUGCGUGAUGAGCCCCAUCGGAUGCUAUCCCAUCUACAACCAGCUCCUUGAUGAGAUCGAGAUCAGGAGGAAACAUUCCAUGGCAGCCGUUGACAACUUGCUCAAGCUCUCACAAGACUGCCCUUUCCCAAGACCGGGAAGUCACGUAAAGGUAUCAACUCCGCCCAAUAAUAACAACUGGAAGAAGCACCAUACCAGUCAACUAGAUCCCAAACCUCUCAUACUACAGAGACCUCAAGAUCAAAGAUUGGAACACGUUGACUUUGAUACGUUGUUUAACUGUUUGAGUGUGAACAGGAUAGUACAGAUCUUUGCUUCAUUACUCCUAGAGAGGAGAGUUAUCAUGUGCUCAGGGAAAUUAAGUAAGCUAUCAAGAUGUUCUCAGGCAUUAGUGGGUCUCCUGUAUCCAUUCUCAUGGCAACACGUCUACGUACCGGUCCUACCGGAGAAGCUGAUCGACAUGUGCUGUUCACCGACACCUUACAUCAUGGGAAUGCUCUCACUGUGUAUACCGAGGCUGGAAGAGAUGCCCCUUGAAGAGGUCCUGGUCGUUGAUCUCGAUGCUAGGGACUUCUACACCGUGGUUGGUGAUGAGGAAACUAUCCUGCCAAAGAAACUGUCAUUAGCCCUCGAGAGGGCGCUAAAGGUCUGCAGUAUGAGCAGUUGGGAGGGAGCCGACACUGAUGAUGAAUUAUCAGAAGACCAUGAAUCGAAAAAUAGAGCCAUCUCCGAGGCUUUCAUCCGGUUCUUUGUGGAGACCGUCGGUCACUACUCCAACCACUUCACCCAACAGUACGACGGCUCGCAGAAGUUUGACCGGGAGAGUUUCGUCAAGGCGAUCUCGUCGAAGAGCGUGAGGAAUUUCCUGGAGGUCUUCAGCGAGACGCAGAUGUUCUCUCUCUUCAUUCAGGAGAAGGAGUCGGAGAGUGAGGGUAUCUCGCAAGGUAAAGGGCUGUUUGAGAGGAGAGUUAGAGAAUUCGAGAAUGAGUCGAAGAGCAACUCAAAGAACAUUGGUGCCAAGAUGAAGAAAUUCGGAAAGGCUGUCAAAGAAAUCAAAGAUUCAGGUCUGAAGCUGGCUGAAUCAGCGAAGAUCGCCCAGAAGCGAAUGAAACAGAACUUUGAGGAUAAAAUUUGACAUAUGGCUCCCGAAACCCCGUCCAAAGCGCCUCGGGAGCCACUGAAAUAUAAAGCAGUGCGUCGAGUGACGGGGCAUGACCUUCGACAUAUGGUCAUAUGAUAGGACGCAGUGACAAGUGAUCGUGACAUGAAGUCACACUAGCUAUGUUGCUCCACUGAGGAAGUGUCAGCAUCAGCUUCAAAGGAGAUGUUGUGCGAAAGUGAAUGGGGAAUAUAUGUUACCUUGAGGUACACCUAUGGCGCAUUCAACAUGUCCGCUCGAGAUGAAAAUAGGAAUCUAAAAGGGGAAUUUGAGGUCUAGACGUGAUGUUGAGAGAAAGCGGAUGAGGACUAUAUGUUGCCCUCUGGUACACCAGUAACCCAUGCACCUUGUCAAUUCAGCCUCAAAUGAAAAGGUUGGAGAAAGUAAAUGGGGAAUAUAUGUUGCCCUGGGAAACGCCAUGCAGCAUAUCAGCUCCUGAUGGAUAUUGCAGGAAUCAAAAUAAUCCAAGCCUCUGUCUCUGAUAUUUCUUUGGCGUAAAAUGACAAAGCUGUAAGAUGGAGACUAUAUGUGCUCUUACUUGAAGGUUUAUGUUUCAUCACUCUGACAGAACUCCUAGCCUGACACAGACUUCAAGAUAGGCUACCAUGCUCUUCAGUGUACAAUCAAGAUUCAAGAGACAGUCUGGUAGUUCAUCUCAGCACAGCACACGAUGUUAAAGUCCAAGGUUUGAAUGUUCCAGCAUCCAAAGAUUUGCUAGUUGACUCUAAGCAUCUUAAAAGCCUUGUUCAUUCCAUCCGCUCUAUCUUCAUAUUUCUAGGAUUCCAAUUGAGCGUGAAAUACAAACCAUUCCAGAGGCUGUUUGAUGUCUCCAAGGUUCUGAAACAGCCUCAAUGAUUCUUUAGAAUCAUGACCCUUGGAAAGACAUGCCUGAUCCUCUUCAACCAACAUUGUGCGGUUUCUUUUGACUUCACUGUAGUAAGCUGCGUUAGUUUAGUGUGCAUCAGGUGAUAGGUAGUCCCUCACAAGGUUCUGUUGGUAGAUCAGAAGUUUUAACAGGCUGCAACUUCUUGCAAGCUUGCAGUUCAGUUGAAGAAAGUGGGUAAAUUAGCUGCACAUUCUCAACCCCUAGCAUCUGUCUUGUUGCUUUUCAGGAUGAUUCUUUGUGUAAAAUACUACCUGAAAUACAGAAACAACCAUUAAACUGAAAAACAGACCAACGCACAUGUGCAGCAUCAUUAACAUUUGCACAAAUUGUUACUCCUUGUAUGGCCAGGACAGGGAAUAUUUACAAGGCUUGUUGCUGAUGGUAGAAUCUCCCACCCUGGUUCCUUUUGAAGGUACCAAAAGAAGUCCGUGGAAGGUUCUGUCGCAGCUUUCGGUGUGAAUCUCUCCGUGCGUUUUUCAUGUGUAAUCCUUAAAUUUUCCCAUACACCAAAUGUUUGGCAUUCACAGAUAACCGCAGUGACAUUUUGCCUGCAGUAAAGGGUGGAUACAACUUGGGUUAGGGAACCCAAGCUCCCUUUUAUCGUUGUCAAGGGAAACUUCAGUAAAGUUUACGGGCAGCAUUUUAUUUGAAAAACUUAGUCAGGGAUUUCCACUGGCUAUUGUUGUGAGUUUCCAAAAACCCUUACAUCUGAUUAGCGAAGAGCAAAUUUGUUAGUGAAAAGUACUGACAAACUGCUUCGUGAAACCUUUUGCUGAUUUUCCCUGACUGGUAGUGUGAUCAAGGCUUUAAUUCUUUGACGACAAACUACAUGUUGAGCCCCGUGAUACAAGGAGUUGUGACUUAUCCAAACAAUCUCAACUUAGGAAAGCCAUCUGUGUCAUAACUCUUCAUCUAGGAGGCAAAUGCUGUGUUGCAUUGUAAACAAAACAAAAAAGAUAAAGCUGAUUAGUAUAACAAAUAAUGCACAGGUGUUUGCCAUAUUAAGAGUUCAUUUCAAAAUGAUUUAUUCUACAUCAUGGUUACCUUGGCUUUCCAUAGUUUGAAUUGAUCGGAUCAGUUUCAACAUUCUGCGAGACAGGGCCCUGUAUAAUUCAGACACUGAGUUGAAUCGUCGGACUUUCUGAGCUGCUGCCAAGUAGUAGUACUCACUCGGUAUUUCAAUCUGAAAUGUUAAUAUAUUGAUCGUUUUGUGCAAAAGUUUGUAAAUUACUGUGUUUUCUGUUCUGUUCUAUUUAAU